UGCUACUAUAGGAUGUCCACACAAAGCUUUUGCUACCGGCUGCUGCUUCUCAUCGUCCAUUUCGCGCUCUCAUCGAGCAGGGCCAGCACCGGCAACGUGUCGGCGAUCAUCGUGUUCGGGGACUCGACGGUCGACACAGGCAACAACAACUUCAUCCCCACCAUCGCCAAGGCCAACUUCCCUCCCUAUGGGUGCGACUUCGAUGGGGGCGUUGCAACGGGCAGGUUCUCCAAUGGCCGCCUUGUCACAGAUUUCGUUUCAGAGAUGUUCGGGUUACCAUCGUCCGUGCCGGCCUAUCUCGACACUGACUACACGAUCGACCAACUCACCACCGGUUUGAGCUUUGCCUCCGCAGGUGCCGGACUUGAUGAUUUUACAGCAAAAUUCACAACAGCUAUAUCCUUGAGCCAGCAGCUGGACUAUUUCAAGGAGUACAUACAGAGACUGAAACUCGCAAAGGGGGAGUCGGUGGCCAACGAGAUCAUCGCCGAGGCUCUCUAUGUCUUCAGCAUCGGCACCAACGAUUUCACCUUGAAUUACCUCGUGCUUCCACUUCGCCGCGCCCAGUACACCACACUGGAGUUUGUCACCUACCUCAUAGGCCUCGCCGAUGCGGCCGUUCGUGACGCCUACCACCUUGGCGCGCGCAAGAUUGAGUUCACGGGCCUUGGGCCAUUUGGGUGCCUACCUGCCGUGAGGACGCUGAAUCUCGAUGAACCAGGCUGUUGCAACAAGGAGUACAAUCAGUUGGCGAUGAGCUUCAACGCCGAGCUGCAGGAUGCCGUAAGGAAGCUCAACGGUGACCUCGUCGGGGCUCAUGUGGUAUACGCAGAUACGUACAACGUGUUGUCUGCCAUCAUUACCAACCCGUCGGACUACGGAUUUGAAGAGAACGUUGCGCAAGGUUGCUGUGGCACAGGACGCAUUGAGACAUCCGUCUUCUGCGGCUUGGGAGAGCCACUAACUUGUCCAGACCCGAAUAAGUAUUUGUUCUUCGAUUCAGCUCAUCCAUCGGAGCGGGCGUGCAAGAUAAUAGCUGAUGAAAUCAUCAACACUGCAUUGCUAGUAUUCCUAUGAAGUCAUUUUACCUGUCGAGAAAUCAUUCUAGCGAUCAUACGCGCAUGCACACACAGAACACAAGUGAAACCUGGAGAUGUGGAAAGAAUAGAUACCUUUAUUUUUUUUUCUUGUGUAUAGAGUACGCUCUUCUACACAUCUCCAUUUACAAGGCGAAGACAUGUUGAAGCUUUCGGAGUUGAGAAAAUUCCUUCUAUGCUAUUAGAAAUUAUACUGAUCCUUUCA